UUGUCUUUUUAUUAUGCGGUUAUCCUGAAUCAAGCAAAUGGCUUACUUGUAAAUGCAUAAAUGUUUCUGGUAUUUUGGACACAUUUCAAUUCAGUUUGAAAACACAAUGAAUGGGAAAAUUCACUGGCAUAUGAAAUUGUUUUUUACGCAUCUAUUUUAUUGUACAGUACGAUCACGAAUGUAUAUCUACAAAACAAUCCAACAAUUUCAGUAAAUAUUUGAGGUGUAGAUUGAUCACAUUUAUUAAUUUUAGAAACAAUAUUUUUGUUAUACGUUUUAUGACACUUGGAACAAUCCGAGCUGAUACAGGUUAUAUUCACUCGAUGUGAAAAAAAAAUGAGACGAAACAUUGAAAACUACAUUUUUUUGGAUUUGAUUUUAAAUCAUUUUUUUAAAAGAAAUAGGUAAAAUGGUAAUAGUCCAUUCGACUCUAUGAGUCAAUAAAAACUCAGGACAGUAGAGAAAAACUCUCGAUUAGACACUUAAAUUUUAUCAUAAAAUCCUUUGUCCUCACAAAAAUAAGGUGUUGAUAUGGCUUUGCGUUCGUACUGUCAUUUCAUUAAUUGAACAAUAUUUUACUUUACAAAGAUGUGCUUAAUUUAUUUUAUUUUGAAAUCGCGUCUUUACAAAAAAAAGAUAUAAAUUGAAAGUGUCUGAUUAAAUAACAUGUAAUAUUUAUGCAAUUGCAAUGUUGAUACAAGCCAAAAUUCAACUACAAACAACGAUAUCAACGUUCUUCAAUCAACUGUAUCAACGUUUGGCGAUCAAAUCACCAGGAAAAUGGACACAUUCAAAGAUGCUUUGCGGAUGGAUUCGUAUUAAUUUGGUAUUUGCUAUCAAUGAAAUAUCUUUAUAGCUCCAAAAUAAAAUCGAUCGUUUUUGGCUACAUUGUGCAAACAAUGAGAAAUAUUUGGGCCUCACUAAACAUAUAAAGAAAGUGAAUGGAUAUCGUUACUGCCCUCAAAUUCAUCAUCAUUCUUCAAACAACGAAAUAAUAUCUGCAAUCAAUUUAUUCGCUCUGUUUGGUGAAACCAUCAAAAGUUUCCAAGAGUUUGAUAGCAUAGAAUAGAAAUGUUAGAUAGAUCUUCGUUAUUCUUCCAGAAACUGAAAACUAAUAACAAAAUCUCCUUCAUUCAUUUUUUUAGAAAGCGGUUAAUCACAGGAAAGUGGUGUCGGGGUCGAUUAAGAGAACCACAACCAUCAACAUCAACCGCACCAAGAUCAACGUCUCAACAAAAUCAAACCAGAAAACUUCCAAACUACCGCAAAAGGGCCAGAUCAUCAUCAACUUCAUCAUCGGCGACAUCGUCAUCAUCAUCAACGGCUGACGGAAACCGGAAUAAACCAUAUUUUCUCGAUCCAGCCAGAGAACAAGAGAGAAGGGAGAGAAUCGAGAAAAUCGACCACACUAGUGGAUCUAAAGGAGAAACGGUUCAAAUCAAACGCGAAAAUGUUCCAGAAGUCAAACGUGAAAAUGGACGAGAUAAAUUACGUGAAAAAGAUCGAGUAAGAAGACGUGCAAGUGAUCAGAGAAAGAGGAAGGAAAAUGGCAGAGAUGGCAGCACCAAAAGAGCGGAACGCAUGAUUGCUCGAGAAAAUAUUAAAGUAGAAAAUGAGCAUGAAACUCGGCGUGAGAGGACCGAUGAAAAUGGUAAAGAUCAACCACGAUCGGAAAAGCUGCAUAGGCGAUAUCUAAAAUAUAAAGAAAAGAAGAAGAAUGAGGCUGAAAGAAAGAUGAGACGAAAAGAAGUAAGAAAAAACAAAAAGAAGAUUGCUCAAGCAAAUCGGCCAGUAGAUGUACCCACCAUGCGAGAACCAACUCAAGAAGUAAUGCGUGAACCGCCAGCUAGAGAACGCGCUCGGGAACCUGCACAUCAACCACAAAUCAUAAUUGUUCCAGUACCACAAAUGCCAAAUUACAUGCCACAACCUCACAUGCCUUAUUUCUAUCCUCCAAGUGGAUUUCGUCCACCAUUUGCACCGCCAAUGGCUCAUACAGGCUAUUAUGGACCUAUGCCAAGAAUGCGGCUUCCGAUGAGACCAAUACGCCCGUUUCGUGUACGAGCACCACGGCCGUCAUUUGAACGAUCACCAAGGCCGUCAUUUGAAAGAGCACCAAGGUUCCCAUUCGAACGAGCGCCGAGACCGUCAUUCCAACGACCACCAAGAUCAGCUUAAUUUUAUCCAAUUUUACCCCAAUACAUUGAAUAGAAUAAUGUAUUUUAGAAAUAAAUGUUAUCUAAUGCUAAUUGUAAAUCAUUUCUCACACAUUUUGAGAAAAAUAUCAUUCAAUUUAAAAAAUAUAUUUGAAUAUUUUAUUUUAAAAA